GCACGUCAGUCCUCCACGAAGGUGGGUCUUGUGCACGGCAGACGGUCGUCUGCAUAGAAAUAAGUACAGUCGGUGCAGAUAAAAAUUGGUUAUGUCGUAAAGCACGUGCGAGCCCACCCUUAAGAAAAUGCUGCCGCGAAUAUGCAAUGUUACCGUUGCAUUCAGCUUGGUUUUGUGUUGUCUAAUCGGUGCUUCUUUCGCCAAUUCGGAAUUUAACGACCAGGAUGCUGUUGUUUGUUCGAUAAGACAGUUUGCUUGUGCCAACAAAAAAUGCAUCCCGAUAUCCUACGUCUGCGACGGUGACGACGAUUGUGAAGACGGAUCAGAUGAAGGCGUCAAAGAAUGCCCAAAGAAUAAAACGUGUGAAAAAAAUGAAUUUCGAUGCAGCAGUGGCCGUUGUAUCCCGGCCCAUUGGCAAUGUGAUCACGAACAAGACUGUAACGACGGUAGUGACGAAGAUGAGCAUGUUUGUCAACAAAAAGUCUGCGGCGUUGAUGAGUUCACAUGUCGUUCGGCGUCAGGUGAAUGCGUUCCUUUAACAUGGAUGUGUGAUGACAACCCCGACUGUUCAGACGGCAGUGACGAGAAAGCAUGCAAUGAGACUUGUAGAUCGGAUGAAUUUACAUGUAAAAACGGGAAAUGUAUACAGAAAAGAUGGGUUUGUGAUUUAGAUAACGACUGCGGAGAUAACUCGGAUGAGAAGGAUUGUCCGCCUGUCACUUGUGCCCCCGAUUCGGAGUUUCAAUGCGCUGAAAACUUUUGUAUCACUAGCAAAUGGAGGUGUGAUGGGGAGUAUGACUGCGUGGAUGGGAAAGAUGAACAAGGAUGUCCGAAAAUGGCAAGUAGUAGUUCUUUCUGUCUUUCCGAGGAAUACGAAUGCGGAGAUCAUUUAACUUGUAUACAUAAGGGAUGGUUGUGUGAUGGUACAAGAGAUUGUCCCGAUGGGUCCGACGAGUCCCCCGACAAUUGUCAAAACAUCACUUGUAGAGCCGAUCAGUUCCAGUGCAAGGAUCGCUCUUGUAUUGCAGGACAUUUACAUUGUUCAGGACAUCCGGAAUGUCCAGAUGGCAGCGACGAACUCAAUUGUGGUUCUCCGGCGCCCAAAUGCGACCCGAAGACGGAGUUUGAUUGUGGCGGAGGUAAUUGCAUACCUCUUUCCCAAGUUUGCGAUAAGCGUCAGCAUUGUCCUGAUGGUGAAGACGAGCCAGUUGGUCGAUGUGGGAUUAAUGAAUGUAAUGAAAAUAAUGGAGGUUGUAGCCAACGUUGUGUCGACACUCCAUCGUCAUUUUACUGCGACUGUAACCACGGUUACAAACUGGUUGAUAAUACCACGUGUAAAGAUAUCAAUGAGUGCGAGAUUCCGGGCAGUUGUUCCCAGAUUUGUAUCAAUGAUAAAGGCGGCUUCAAGUGCGAUUGCCAGGCAGGGUAUAUGCGCGACCCACGUGACCUCACUAAGUGUAAAGCAAUCGAAGGGCACGCCUCCUUGCUCUUCGCCCGGAGAAGGGAUAUCCGAAAGAUUUCUUUGGAUCAUCACGAAAUGACCAGUAUUGUGAACGAGACGAAUUCAGCCACAGCUCUCGAUUUUGUGUUUCGAACUGGAAUGAUCUUCUGGAGCGAUGUUACAGAUAAAAAAAUAUACAAAGCGCCGAUUGAUGAAGGAAAUGAGAGGUCGGUCGUGAUCAGUAAUGACAUAACGACUUCAGACGGUCUCGCGGUUGACUGGAUCUACAACCACAUUUAUUGGACAGAUACCGGGAAGAAUACAAUAGAACUGGCGAAUUUCGAUGGAAAAAUGCGCAAAGUUUUAAUCAAAGACGAAUUAGAAGAACCGAGAGCGCUUGCGCUUAAUCCUUUAGAAGGCUGGAUGUUCUGGACGGAUUGGGGAAGUGAUCCAAAAAUUGAAAGAUCGGGGAUGGAUGGAUCACACAGACAGGCUAUUGUUACAUAUGACGUUAAAUGGCCCAACGGAUUGACUUUGGAUUUAGUCAAAAAACGGGUCUAUUGGGUCGAUGCUAAGCUAAAUGUGAUUUCCUCAUGUGAUUAUAAUGGAAGGAACAGGAGACUUAUACUCUUCUCACCGGAUUCUCUCAGACAUCCAUUUUCCAUCACCACCUUCGAAGAUUGGGUCUAUUGGACCGACUGGGAUAAAGCCGCCGUUUUCAAAGCCAACAAAUUCACCGGAAGUGACGUACAACCUGUUACAGCCACGGCCAUGAUUCAGAAUCCGAUGGUCAUUCACGUCUACCACCCUUACCGACAACCCGACGGCGAGAACCAUUGCCAGGCAGUGAACGGUCAUUGUUCCCACCUUUGUUUACCAGCCCCCCAGAUAAAUGCCAAAUCCCCCCGUAUUUCCUGUGCAUGUCCUGAGAAUUUAAGGAUGUUGAAAGAUGGAUUAACGUGUGUUCAAGAUGAAACAUUUACGACCACCGUAAAUUCUAUAACUUAUACAGAUUAUUCGUCAAUGUCAGAUUAUAUGACGGAAAGUACAACUAAUAAGUCACACACAACUAGUGUAAUCCCUGAAAGUUCUGAUGACGGCGCUGUUGCUGUUAUUGUAAUUGGAAUAUCUUUUGCUGUAAUAGUCAUAAUCGGUAUUGUGGUAUAUUUCCUGUAUAGAAAAUACGUGAAGCGUAACAUGACAUCUAUGAAUUUCGAUAAUCCUGUUUAUCGUAAAACAACCGAAGAUCAGUUUUCUUUAGAGAAAAAUCAAUAUCCGCCAUCUCGUCCGUAUUUAAGUACAGUUGGUGAAGAGGCUCAACAGCCUCUAACAGGUGCCAACAACCAAAAUGACAAUGUUUAAACAGUGAAAUUUUUUUACUCAAAGUGCUCAAUUACAGUGAAUUUAAAGACUUAGAGUUAAUUUAAAAAGUCAUCACUUCUUUUUGUAUAGAUGUGUAUUUAUUGUACCAUCGUAAAAAGAACUAAAUAUUAGUGUACUUGUUGUUAAAAUUCCAGUUUCGUGUCAAACUACAGACUGAAUUAAUAAGUUCAUUACGAAAACCUUUGUCAAAAUUUUUCAUAAACUGAUUUCCUUAUUCAUUAUUUGUGAUCUCAGUGAAAAUGGGAUUUUAACGAUGACUAGGAUGAAAGUGAGUGAGAUUCGAGAGGUAUGGGUUAAUUUGUCCAAAGAGUCGUAUUAGCAACUAAUCUAAGCCAAUUGUAAUUUUUAAUAGUCAUGUUUUUCUCCAAUGUUAAGUUUAUUUUUUGGAUUCGUACCUCGAUAUUUUUUUAUUUAUAUAUUUUCAUUGCUCAUGUUUGUAUAUAUUAAAUUUUUUAGAACUGUUUGUAUUGUUAAAUUAUUUAUUACACUACGAUGUUAAGCUUGUAAUAUUUUACUGCGAGAAAUCAAAAUGUAAAAAGUUGUAUAUUUCAGUCAUAAUAUAUACAUAUAAACCUAAUGUAGCUCUAAAAUUCUGUGAUUAUAUUGUUUGUAUUCCUUUUCAGUUUCUAGGAAUUGUCAUUUUUACUGUCUAGAUUAUUUAUCACAUCCUAACUUUUUGUUUUAUUUGUGUAAUUAUUCAAAUUUAAAUAUAUGUACAAUAUAA